UGAAUAUAUUUUGGAGCUGUGCCUUAUGAAAGCGUGACUUUUUCUUUUUUUUUUUCUUUUUGACAGUUUUCAAGAUGACUCUGUUUUGUAGGACGUUUUAAUGCCUUUUUUAUGCUUUCAUUCUGCUGACUAUAGCAAUAGUCUCUGUGUCCUCCUCUUUUUCAUUGGUAUGAUGUAGCCAUUACAAAUCGACUGACAUUGCUCCGUCCGGGCUUCUUUUUGACGAAUGUUUCGACCACUAUGACUCACCUGAGGCUUUGUUUCAUCCCGAGGAAGAAGCUUGGAAGAUAAGCAGACAUAGAAGAUGCGUGUUCAAUCCUUUCGCACAUUUGGCAGGAUGAUCUGGGGAAGGUAUUUCUUAACUGCAGGGCUCCAGAGCUGCAGAUGCAGAGUGAGUUGUCAUGUAAAGAGACAUUUCAGCUUUCUUCCAGAUGAUGUCAAAUCAUUGCGGGCUGUGGUCAACCCCGAUAUAUCCAAGAUCCGAAACAUCGGCAUUAUGGCCCACAUUGACGCAGGAAAGACGACAACCACAGAGAGGAUGCUUUAUUACUCGGGCUACACAAGGGCACUGGGAGACGUAGACGACGGGGAUACAGUCACAGAUUUCAUGGCUCAAGAGAGGGAGCGUGGCAUCACCAUACAGUCGGCAGCUGUCACAUUUGAUUGGAAAAGUCAUAGAAUAAACCUCAUAGACACCCCAGGACAUGUUGACUUCACUCUCGAGGUGGAGCGGGCGCUUCGUGUUCUUGAUGGGGCUGUCGCAGUGUUUGAUGCCUCAGCCGGUGUUGAGGCUCAGACUCUGACCGUGUGGAGACAAGCAGAGAAGCACCACGUUCCCUGCGUUUGUUUCCUGAAUAAGAUGGAUAAACCUGCAGCCAAUCUGAGUUUUUCCAUUGAGAGCAUAAGACAAAAGCUGAAAGCCAAUCCAGUCCUCCUGCAGAUUCCUGUUGGCAGCGGCAAGAACUUCACAGGUGUGGUUGACUUGUUAACCAACCAGAAGCUGAUAUGGAAGCGAAGAUCUAUGGGAGAUGAUGGACGAACGUUUGAAAGCAAACCUCUUGACCAGUCUGAUGAGCCAGAACUCUUGCAGGAGGUCAAUGAGGCCAGGGCAGCUUUAAUUGAACAGGUUGCUGAUCUGGAUGACGAGUUUGCUGAACUGUUGCUAACCGAUUUUAGUGACAGUUUUGACGCAGUUCCUUCAGUCAAACUACAAGAGGCUGUGCGGCGGGUGACUCUGGCCCGUAAAGGCGUCCCGGUACUCUGUGGGAGCUCUUUGAAGAACAAAGGUGUUCAGCCUCUUUUAGAUGCCAUCAUUGCCUACCUGCCAGCCCCCAAUGAACGGCACCACGACCUGGUGCGGUGGUACAAAGAUGACUUGUGUGCUCUGGCCUUCAAGGUUCUCCAUGACAAGCAGCGUGGUCCUCUGGUGUUUCUCAGGAUUUACUCUGGCACCCUGAAACCACAGACGGCCGUCCACAACAUCAACAGGAACAGCACUGAGAGGAUGAGCAGGCUGCUGGUGCCGUUCGCUGAUCAGCAUGUAGAAAUCCCCUCAAUGACAGCGGGCAACAUUGCGCUAACUGUAGGACUGAAGCAGACAGUCACAGGGGACACCAUCGUUUCAUCCAAGGCUUCAGCAGCAGCUGCAGCCCGCCGAGCCCAAAAUGACAACGGGAUGGGGAAAAAGCGCGGGGAACACGCGACCGUGGUGCUUUCAGGAGUGGAGGUCCCUGAUCCCGUCUUCUUCUGCACUAUAGAACCUCCCACCAUGGCCAAACAGGCUGAUCUUGACAAUGCACUUAACUGCCUCCAGAGGGAAGACCCCAGUCUUAAAGUCAGGGUUGACCCUGACUCCGGGCAGACUGUUUUGUGUGGGAUGGGAGAGCUGCACAUCGAGAUCGUCCAUGAUCGGAUCAGAAGAGAGUAUGGCAUAGAGACUCACCUUGGACCACUACAGGUGGCUUACCGGGAGACUGUUCUCCAUGAGGCCUCUACUACAGACACACUGGACCGGACAGUUGGGGAGAGAAGACAUGUUGUGACAGUGGAGCUCGCUGUCAGACCUGUGGACAUCUCCUCUACAGUUGGUUCCUGUGAAUUAGCGUUCACAGAGAAAGUUGGGAGGCAGCUACCACAAGAAAUGAAAGAUGCAGUGGAGAAUGGAGUGCACAGCUCAUAUCUUCAAGGUCCAUUGCUAGGUUAUCCUUUACAGGGUGUUUCUACACAGAUCCAGAGUGUCAACAUGGAACCAGGAACAUCUCCAGCCAUGGUGUCUGCCUGCGUGUCCCGUUGCAUGCUUAAGGCCCUGAAGCUGGCAGGAGGCAAGGUCCUGGAGCCAGUAAUGUCACUGGAGGUGACAGUCGGGGAGGAACACCUCAGCUCCGUGCUGGGGGACUUAGCCCAAAGACGAGGUACCGUCAGAGACAUCCAGAGUCGUCAUGACGACAAGGUGCUGCUAGCGACCGUGCCUUUGGCAGAAAUGAUGGGCUAUUCCACCAUCCUGCGAACUCUAACAUCUGGCAACGCCACCUUCUCCCUGGAGCUGGACAGCUAUGAGGCCAUGAACCCCCAGGACCAGAACACCCUUCUUAAAAGAAUGGCUGGCCUGCUGUGAUUCAUGUUCGUAACCCUGUAACAGAUCAGGCAUGGGACCAAUGGCCUUCUGAGACACAGGCACAGCUACUACCCAAACAGACUUUUCAGAUUUGACUAAAGUAAAAUGCUAUUGAUAGUGUGAAUAGCCACUACUGGAUAAAGCUGACGAUACAUAUGGAAAAUAAAUGUGCAGCCAAUUUA